AUGGGACAAUAUGCCGUUUGUAGUGAAGAUUUGAAUGAAAUUCAACAUCAUUUACAGGAAUGUGAUGACGAUCUUUAUGACACAAUAGCACCAGUCACACAAUACACUGAACGUCGAGAUCAGGAUGAAGGCAAUACAGAUACACAUCCAGAUUUGAAUGAAACUUAUAAUCUUUCUGAGGAUUUGGGUAUCCCAUCAUCCUUACCAAAUAAUGAACCACUCAUUUUAAAUGAAAUGCAAGACGAUGAAUAUCGAGGAUUGCUCCAAAUGCUUAAUAGAAAGCAAAGAGAAUUUUUUUACCAUGCUUUGCAUUUAAUUAAAACAUCUGAUAAACCAUUUUAUGCCUUUUUAAGUGGAGCUGGAGGUGUUGGUAAAUCUCACCUUAUUAAAUCAGUUUAUCAAGCGGCAUUAAAAUACUAUAAUGCACAAGCUGGUGAAGAUUUUCGUCGUGUUCAUAUAUUAUUACUUGCUCCUACAGGAAAAGCAGCUUAUAUUAUUAAAGGUAACACGAUUCAUAGUGCCUCGACAGUUCCAGCAAGUCAAUCACUUAAAAAUUAUAAACCACUUGAUUCUCGCAGGCUAAACACGUUUAGAUGCAAACUGGGUGCAUUAAAGUUAAUACUACCUGAUGAAAUAUCAAUGGUUGGAAACAGCAUGUUCACAGUUCAGUUGAAUAACCGUUUGAAAGAUUUAAAAGGAAGUAAAGAAGACUUUGGCGGG